GAGGGGGCACGCGGGAAGGGUCUCGCGCCAUGUCGCUCCGCCGUGCCCUGGCGCUGGCAGCCUGCGGGCUGGCGGGAGGCUCCGUCCUCUUCUCCGCCGUGGCCGUGGGCAAGCAGCCGGCCCGAGGCGGCGGCGGCGACGCCGAACCGCGUCCGGGGGGCUCUCCCGCUGCCUCCGUUCCCCCCGCUUCCGCCGCGCCGCCGGGUUUGCUGCUGCUGCCGCCCGCCGCCGCCUCCUGCCCGCCGGCUCCCGGUUGGAUCGAGAGACCCGCCGGUACCGGCGGAUACUGGGACAGCAACUGGGACAGACGUGAACCACUGGCUCUUAUCAACCUCAAAAAGAAAAAUGAAGAGACUGGGGAGGAGGAACUUGCCUCACGCUUAAAUCGCUACAAAGCAAAAGCCACCAGGCACAUAUUCCUCAUCCGUCAUUCCCAGUAUAAUGUGGAUGGCUGGGCUGAUAAAGACAGAACUCUGACCCCACUUGGUCGAGAGCAGGCUGAACUGACUGGACAGAGGCUGGCAAGCUUGGGAUUGAAAUUUGAUCAGAUUGUCUACUCCUCCAUGACCAGAGCAACUGAAACAACUGAAAUCAUAAGCAAACACCUCCCAGGAGUCAAAAAAAUCAGUACUGAUCUGCUGAGAGAGGGAGCACCUAUAGAACCAGACCCUCCAGUCUCACAUUGGAAACCAGAAGCUGUGCAGUAUUAUGAAGAUGGAGCUCGGAUUGAGGCCGCGUUUCGGAACUUCAUCCACAGAGCUGAUGUGAAGCAGGAAGAAGACAGCUACGAGAUCUUUGUCUGCCACGCCAACGUCAUCCGAUACAUUGUCUGCAGAGCUUUGCAGUUCCCCCCAGAAGGCUGGCUGCGAAUGUCUCUGAACAAUGGCAGCAUCACUCACUUGGUGAUCCGUCCAAAUGGCAGAGUGGCCCUGAGGACAUUGGGUGACACAGGGUUCAUGCCUCCAGAUAAAAUCACACGUACCUGAAUGAGCAAAACUUCUGACUGCCCAGGAGCUGCCUCCAGUGUCUUCACACAUUUGGCUACAGUACCACUAGGCUUUUCUCUGUUAUGUUGGGGUGUGAUGCUAUCUUUAAAAAUGUCUUUUAGCCCCUUGCCUCCUUCAUACAUGCUCGUAUCUGCCUUUCAGUCCAGAAAAGAGGAAAUCUUUGUAAACCUGAAGCUCUCCAGUCCUCAAGUAUUCCCCAAAACUCAAAGCUGAGCUGUGGAAUACAAAGAGAUUGAAUGUCUGUGUGCUCAGCCAUUGCAAGAGCACCAACUUCCCCUCCUGCCUUGCCCCCUUGAGUUUCUAAACCAAAGCUUGCUCCUGUGGUUAUUUUUCUUGUGCAGGAAAACUGGUGUGGGAACUGGAAGGAACAGCCUUGUAUCACUACAGCUAAAACUGAAGAUGAGCCAGCUCCUUUCAGCUCUUGAAAAAGGUGACAGAGUAUUCUGCUGUUCCAAGGCCCAAGGAGUAAGGGUUUGGUUUUUAUAAGCUGUUGAGGAUUUAUGUUCAUGUUAUGUUCCCCUCUACCCCCAAAAAAAGCUCAUGUAAACAGUGCCUAGAGGUUGUAAGCAUAAAGCAAAGAGGGUAAAACCCCAUUUGCCUCAGAGUUGUGGUGCUAGAAUUAACCACUGCAUAUAUUAAAUGUUCCUCCAUCCUCAGGAAAUCCUUAAAGCUAUUCUGGACUUUGUUCUGGUCUUGUAAAGCCUUUAACUGCAACUUGGUUUGUUGAAGGAUGUAGGAAUGAGUUUGUAGCAGUAAAAUGGAAGGACAGGAAAGCAGUGAUCUUCUGCAAGUGCUUCUAGUUACUGACUCAUGCACUUCUGAGGUGUAGAGUCUUGUUUCUGCUUUCUCUCAUUGAUUUGUGUGCAUUGAUACCUUGCUUUCAAAGUAAUGACUGCUGAGUUCAAGGUCAUGGUUCUUCAGGUCAGGAUUCUGUGCUUUCAGAGCAAACUGCUGCUUAAAACUGCUGUUGUCUGAGUGGCUUCCUGUGAGAUGGCUUUUCUGGGCCAAAUGUGCAGUACAGAUAUCAGGAAAAAAAAAAUAAAUGGCUUUGUAGCUCCUCUGUACAGCUCUGACAUUGCUGGACUUGGUGUAGGAAAAAUACAGGUGGCAGGGCAGAGGGUGUCACUUUUGAGGGGAGGCUCAGAAGUGUUUCACAUGAGGGAUAAUGUGCUGGGAGCCCUGAGUCCUGCAGGAAAUGUAGCUCAGUAGCUGGAAUGUUGAAAGGUGUCACCAUAUGCAGAGUCUGCCUGGGUGACUGAACACAUCCUGUGGGACAGCAAACAUCCAAACCUGUUCUACAGGUUCUUGUCUCACCAAGAAUAUUGCUGAGACCCUAAACUCCUGUCAGAGCUGUAUGAAGCAUAAUUAGGGCACACACCCUUAAUGAGACAAAGUUGGUAACAGGACUGUUACAUCAGGAUGAUGUCAAGGCAAGUGGGGCUGGUAGGCAACAUGAUCAUUGUGUAGUGCAAUUGUGUGGGGGCAAGAGGAAACCAUCACAGUGUCUCUCAUUGGUGCAAUGAGAAUAACAAUUAAUUUACCAGUUUUUGUCUAUUAUUAACUUUUUAAAAGUUUUGAAUAAAAGAACUGGUCUGUCUUUCUUCCUUA